AAUCCCGGAGGGGCGUGCCCGCUGUUUGCGCGUGAGUGUGAGCAGCACGUGCAUCGUGAAGGGAGCGGACUGAUUAUCGGUUAUUGAUCAGAAGCAGCGCGCGCCGUCGCGCCGCCAUCACGCUGAAUGUGUUCGGAGCGCGUCCUCGCGGCGCGCCCCGCGGCUGCGCGCGCACCUCCGCCCGCCGGUAACGGAGCACCGCGCGGAGCCUGAACCGGUCUGAACCCGAUCCUCGGACCGUCUUCGCUGUGGGCGGAGUCUGAAGCGCUGACGUCACAGCACAGCUGAUCAGCGAUCGAUACUUGUGUGAGGAGUUGCAGCACGUGACUGUCAACUGCAAAAGGCGUUCUCAUUGGCUGAGGAGGAUGACGUGCUGGUGGUGAGCCAGCAGGGGGCGAUGGCCGCCGCCUACAGCAGCCGGGACCUGGUGGAGGACUUCCUGCGCUACAAGCUGCUCGGCAGGGGCGUGGCUUGGCCUCAGCGCCGGGCCAAUGACGAGAGAGCCCCGCGUCCAGACCCUCCUGUGGCCCCACCCUGCCUGCAGGCCGUGCUGCGGAGCGCCGGCGACGAGUUGGAGCGACUUUACGGCGACGAGCUGUCUGCGCAGGUGACGGUGCUGCGACUGCGUGGGAACGGCGGUGGAGCUGCACGCCGGCGCCACCUGACGGCUAUCAGAGAGGAGCUGUUCAGGGACGGCGUGAACUGGGGACGCAUCGUCGCCAUGAUGGAGCUGGGCGGAGCUCUGAGCGCCGCGGCCGCCAAGUCGGGCGACGAAGGUCAGAUGGAUGAUAUCGCCAGCUGGAUGGAGGAGAGUCUGGACUCGCCGUCGCUCCGGAGAUGGAUCCAUGACAACGGAGGAUGGGAUGCUUUUGUGGAGCUGUAUGAGUCCAGACCCACCGACAGCUUCUGGUCCCUGAGGACAGUGUGUGGACUGGUCGUACUGGGAGCAGUUGGGGUCAUACUGGGAUUUCUAUUCAGCCAGAAACAAAACUGAUGGGAGGUGUUAUCUAGUCCAGCCAUGGAGCUGCAGUUCCUGUGGUGUCCACCAGCUGCUGCUGUGCUCCACACUGAGACACUGAAGGACACUGACUUUGUGUGGGUGGAUUUUUAUGGGGGCGUAAAUUUCACCACCAAAAUUCUCUGAGUGUUACUUUUAAGGCUUUGUUGGCUGUUUAAACUUUGAGUUUCUCAUGGUCACAAUAACAUUCAGCCAAAGGACUCCAGGGAAGACCGACCUCCAGCUGACUGUAAAUAAGGCAUUCUCUCACUUUUUUACCCUGGAAGUUUGCUUCCAGCCUUUAUGUUAAUCUGAGCAAAAGACAUCCUGGACCUGCAUCAGACCAAGCUGGCCUGAAAUGAUGAAGCAAAGCAUUUAAGGAGGA